AUGAUGGAAUUCGCGGAUGCUAUUGCCGACUGCCAGCAGAUUGACCCAGGAUUUGAUGGACCGAUCUUUAGGUGGCACAGAGGGGGACUUUGGGAGAGGUUGUACUGCAUCUUGAUUGGAGAGCAUUGGACAUCAGUUUUUGCGACGACCAGGGUGACACAUUUGGUGAGAUUUAGCUUGGAUCACACGCCUCUGCUGGUGAGAUGUCAGUUUUCUGUCCAGACCACGAAACCGGCUUUCAGAUUUCAGAAUAUGUGGGUGAGACAUGAGACGUUUAGGGGUGAGAUCGCCAGAGUCUGGGAGGCAGAAACAGGAUACAGUGGCAUGAUGAACCUCCAACUCAAGCUUAUCAGGAUCAAGAAGUUCUUAAAGGUUUGGAACAGAGAGGUGUUUGGCAACAUCCUCCAGAACCUAAAGGAUGAAGAGCAGACAGUUCUUGAGGCCCAGAUCUUAUUCGAUAGUGACCCGACGCUAGCGCAUAGAGCUGAGUUCAAUAGAGUGUCUGCGAAGCUUAUCGUCACGGCCAAGAUGGAGGAAGAAUUUUGGAGGCAGAAGGCGACUAUUAGAUGGGCUACUGACGAAGAAAGGAACUCCAAAUUCUUUCAUGGUUGGGUUAGACAGAAGAGAGUUAAGUCAAGGAUGCACAUGGUUGAGGUUGGAGGACAGCCACUGACGGAAGAGACAGAAAUCAGGGAGUCGGCGGCCGCCUUCUUUCAGCAGCUUUUGACAUCUAAUGUCGGGGACCUUGCACAGCCCGAUUUGUCUCUUAUCCAUACACUGCCAGAUUCAGUCGAUCAGGAGGCACUGUGUGCACUACCAUAG